AUUUGCACAUACGAAAUAACGGAGAGUGCAGAAAAAUUCCAGUAACGUGUUCUUCAUACCUGUGGGUCACGGUAAUGCUUGGUGUCGAUCGAUCUACGAUACCUGAACUGUCGAAAAUGUCCGCCGCGAGUCAAGCAGAGAGGACGGUAUUGGAGGCGGAAUUCAACUGGCUUUUAAAAGAGGAGGUGCAUGCCGUCUUGAAGCAGCUGCAGGACAUAUUGAAGGAAGCCUCGAGGCGUUUUUCAGUGCCCACGCCAGGUCUGGAGGGGCAGCUUAAACAGGAAAAUUUCAUUCUCGGCAGCUCAACCAUGGACCAGGUGAAGGGAGUGCUGACCUUACAGGGGGAAGCUUUGACUCAGGCUGACAUCAACAUUAAAGUAGCCAAGAGCAGCCAGGCCAUGCAUUUCACAUUCCGAGACGAUAAGCAAUGGAAAUUACAACAGAUUCAGGAUGCCCGGAACCAUGUCAAUCAAGCCCUUCAGUUGCUAAGCAGCCGUGAUGAGAGCUAUCACUUUAAAACCGGGGCAGAGGUCAACAAGCUCAUGGAUGCAGUCAUGUUGCAGUUAACCCGAGCUCGUAACCGUCUAACCACCCCAGCAACCAUGACUCUCCCAGAACUGGCCUCCAGUGGCUUAAUGAAAAUGUUUACCCCUCCGAUGCCUGGAGACCUGAUGGUGAAUUUCUACAUUAAUCUCAGUAAACUGUGUCUGACAGUCUACCAGCUGCAUGUGCUUCAGCCUAGCACCACCAAGAACUUUAAACCAGCAGGAAGCUCUGUACUUCACAACCCAGGAGCUAUGUUUGAGAUUAACAACACUAAGUUUGAGGUGAGUCACGUGCAUAAAGUGGAGUGUGUGGUUCCGUGGCUGAACGACACCCUGGUCUUCUUCACCAUCUCACUGCAGCUCUGUCAGCAGCUCAAAGACAAGAUUUCAGUGUUUUCCAGUUUCUGGAACUACAGGCCAUUCUAAACGGGCCCUGCCCGAAACCAGAAGUCUCCAGUAGCUAAUGAAGGUAACUCAAAAUGGUCCCAGUGAGCAUUUCAUCUACAACGUACAGACACUAAGCACUAAGAGAAACUAAUCUUUGUGAUUUUUUUUUUUUAAAGAGAUGAAUGGUAAUGUCUUGUCCUGAAUGAGAAACAUGCUAAAGUAGAAAUUUGGGAGCUAUAUUGUUGCUUAAUGAAGUGUUGAUUACUUUAUAUAUGUUAAGCACAUGACAGAUCUCCCCGUCCUCACUCACCUUGUCAGAGAGGUGCGUCCUGUGAAGGUCCUGCUUUUGGUGAACACUCGUGUAUGCUUUUUCAGUGUUUGUUUCUGUAAUGUUUAUUACGUCAGAUAUUUAAAAAGAGAAAUUAGAGUUAGAUUUUUAAAGGGAUUCUUUGAAAAUCAACAUGACAAGACUCACAUUCCUUAUUUUUGUGUCCCAUGUGCUGUAAAAAUGAUUAGUGGAAUUUUGAUCAAAUGAAUAUGGGCUUUGUAUUUGGUUUUCAUUUCAGUCCAAAGACCAUUGUCCUUAUUGUCUCCUAUGUGCAGUGCCUCGGUCCAGCUGUGAGCCUGGACAGUUGGCCAUGCUCUAAACUAAAGUUCUAAACUAAGCUCUGUUUAGCAUGAACCAUCUAUGGUUUAUAGCAUCAUUAGUACAUGACAGAUCUGUCUGAUAAAUAACACUAAGAAAUGGAUUGACAUUAGUGUGGUCUGUACCUGUGGCACAUUCACAAGGUGAAGUUCAGAUGUAAUAAAACUUUUGAAAUAAUUUUUUUUUUUUUCUACUUGGAUCAUUCCACCAAAAAGCAUUCCAACUGAAAAUGAUGUGUGUCAGUCCAAGCCAGAAUGGGCUUAGAUGUGUUGUUAUCUGUCAUUUGUUUGAUGUUUGAAGUUUUGUCAGGGUCAGAUUAGUUAACUGACACAUGUCCUAUUGGUUUACUGUCAUCUGCGUGUGCGUAUUCAUUUGAGUGUUUUAAUUUAUUGCACAUUGUUACUUUUGCACUUAUGUUUGCUUUACUGAGCAUCUUUUUACUUACCCGUUAAGAUGAAUGUCAAUUCCACCUUAGAACAAAUGAGUCAAUAAGUGUUAGAACCUUUUAUUUCAAAGCAUUAUUGUACCUGUGAAGUGUCAUAAACUGUGCAAUAAAAAUGCGGUUUGAGUUCUG